UUUGUUAAUUGAUUAAAAAAACGAAUCUCCGUUUGCUCUAUGGUUAUCUGGUGUUCGUUACACAUUCAUAACUUAUUUGUAAUGUAGUCAUCAACUAUUGUUGCAUAUAUAUCCUGUAACUUAUGGUAACAGCCUUUCAAAUUUUUGUUAUACGUCUGUUGCAUUUAAUACAGUUCGCCACGCUUAAAGCCCUGGGGACCGAUUUGAACGAUGCACAAUAAAGCGUCACUUCCGUAAACAUCUUUCCAUCAUGUCAUCCAUUAUUACACUGUGAUCUAUCUAUCUAUCUAUCUAUCUAUCUAUCUAUCUAUCUAUCUAUCUAUCUAUCUAUCUAUCUAUCUAUCUAUCUAUCUAUACGUAGCACAUUAUAAACAGAUGUAUAAUUAGUAAGAUGGAUUUCUCCAUUGGCUCUGUUAUUGAAAGUGGGCUGGAUCUGUGACGCUGACGUUCGUUUAUCCUCCUACAGCCUUGCGUCGUGCCGUGCCGUGCCGCUGUGUAUGGGAGGGGGGAGUUGUUUGGGGAUGGUGGGCCGGAGCUGUCGCGUUCUCUCUCGGCUCAGCUCGUCGCUUCCUCGCUAGCAUCCGAUCCGCGGCCGGCAUGGCUCGUGUGGCGGCGGAAUGAAGAGCUUGCGGUGAUCGCUGCUCGUCCUCGGUAAACACGAGUCGCUCCCGGCUGCUCCUGAGAUCGAACCCACCGUGAGGCCUUUCCCUCUGCAGAGCUGUCACAGUCUGUGUGUGGGGACUUUGUUGUGCUGCUGCCGUGGAAAAAGAUGAACGCUCUAUGCCAUCUUCAUGUUGUGAGCUGGAGAUGAAGGGCACGAGGUGUCUCGCUCAUUUGUGUUGACAUCACGAGAUUAGCAUUAGCUACAACGCCUUGACUCCUAGAGUCACUACAGCAUUGUUAUUACUGCCCUGUCACAUUAGCAGAGAGGGGUUAGCUAUGGCCGAGCAAGACAUUUGUCCCCACCUGGACUCCAUAGGGGAGGUAACCAAAGACGACCUGCUCCAGAAGUCCAAGGGGACCUGCCAGUCGUGUGGAGCGGGUGGCCCGAACCUGUGGGCCUGUCUGCAGAAUGAUUGCCCUUACGUUGGUUGUGGAGAGUCCUACUCUGACCACAGCACCCUGCACGCACAGGCUAAACGGCACAAUCUGACGGUGAACCUGACCACGUUCAGAAUCUGGUGUUACGUUUGCGAGCGGGAGGUGUUUCUGGAGCACAGGCCCGCCCUGGUGCCCGCCCCCGCUGCUCCCCACCACUGCAAAGCCACGGAGCAGGAAGCAGCUCCUCAGCCAGUAGGUCACCCACUGAAAGCCGUUCCAAUCGCUGUGGCAGAGGACGAGGGUUCUGAGUCAGAGGAGGACGAGCUGAAACCCAGAGGCUUGACAGGAAUGAAAAAUAUUGGAAACUCUUGCUACAUGAAUGCAGCCCUCCAGGCCCUGUCCAACUGUCCUCCUCUCACUCAGUUCUUCCUGGACUGCAGUGGACUGGUCCGCACCGACAAGAAGCCCGCUCUCUGUAAGAGCUACCAGAAACUCAUCUCAGAGCUCUGGCAUAAAAAACGGCCCAGCUAUGUAGUCCCCACCAGUCUGUCUCAUGGCAUCAAACUCGUAAACCCCAUGUUUCGUGGUUACGCUCAGCAGGUAGGGGCAAGCACCCAGCAGGACACUCAGGAGUUCCUGCGCUGUCUGAUGGACCAGCUACACGAGGAGCUGAAGGAGCCUCUGACGGAGUGCAGCAUGAGCGGCGAAGAAGGCGACGGGGAGGACAGAAGAGACGGCGACCGCUCCCCGUCGGAGGACGACUUCCUGUCUUGCGACUCUGGCUCCAGCAGCGACCGGGGGGAGGGAGGAGGCAACUGUGAAGGGGAGCUGCUCGUGCAGGACGAGUGCGACGGGGUCAGGUUGCCGGAGGCCGGCGUCAGUCCCGGCGGGUCCAUCUCGGAGAAGGAGAGGCUGAAGGAACGAAGGGUGUCCGGCUCGUCCCUCCGUGGAGGCUCGCAAGAGAUGGACGAGGACGCUGAUGUGGAUACAGCGGCUGCGGCGGAGGUUCCUGAGACGGGGGAGGAAGAGGGGACGACGCCAACGCCAAGCACUGAGGUUCUAAACCAAGAGAACAACCAGACAUUAAACACUCCGCAAGUGCAAGCCCCGAGCAGCAACACCUCAGAGCCAGACAAUGAAGCAUCCAUGGCCCAGCCGCAGUCCACUCCCUGCAGUCCUGUGCGGACACUUCAGGAGCUGCACACCAAACUGUCCUCCAGUCCACCUCGCUCCAGCCCGCACCGCUCUGCAGGACCACUGUACUCGUUCAAAAAAGCUCAGCUGCUGCUCUGUGCCAGGAAGAAGAAACAGUCCCACUAUCGCAGUGUGAUCUCCGACAUCUUCGAUGGCUCUAUCCUCAGUCUGGUCCAGUGUUUAACCUGUGACAGGGUGUCUAACACGGUGGAAACCUUCCAAGACUUGUCCCUACCUAUUCCUGGUAAAGAGGAUUUGGCCAAACUCCACUCGUCCAUCCACCAAAACCUUCCUGUCAAGACGGGGGUGUGUCCCGACACCUAUGGCUCGCAGGGCUGGGUCACCUUCAUCAUGGACUCCAUACGACGGUUUGUAGUCUCGUGUAUCCCCACUUGGUUCUGGGGGCCCAUGGUGACACUCGAGGACUGCCUCGCUGCCUUCUUUGCUGCAGAUGAACUCAAAGGGGACAACAUGUACAGCUGUGAGAGGUGUAAAAAGUUGAGAAACGGUAUCAAAUAUUGCAAAGUGCUGCGACUUCCCGAGAUUCUGUGCAUUCACCUGAAACGCUUCCGGCACGAGGUCAUGUACUCGUUCAAGAUCAACAGUCACGUGUCGUUCCCAUUGGAGGGCCUCGACAUGCAACCCUUCCUGGCUAAAGAGAGUCCAUCUCAAGUCACCACUUACGAUCUGCUGUCAGUCAUCUGUCACCACGGCACGGCAGGAAGUGGACACUACAUAGCUUACUGUCAGAAUGUGAUUAAUGGACAGUGGUAUGAGUUCGACGAUCAGUAUGUCACAGAGGUCCAUGAGACGGUGGUGCAGAAUGCAGAGGCCUAUGUGCUGUUCUACAGGAAGAGCAGCGAGGAGUCGUUGAGAGAGCGGCAGAAGGUGGUGGCUCUGGCCAACAUGAAGGAGCCCAGCCUGCUGCAGUUUUACAUCUCCAGAGAAUGGCUCAACAAGUUCAACACCUUCGCCGAACCAGGCCCCAUCAGCAACCACACGUUUCUCUGUCAGCAUGGCGGGAUCCCUCCUAAUAAAUACAACUACAUUGACGACCUGGUUGUGAUAGUUCCUCAGAAUGUUUGGGAGUACCUUUACAACAGUUUCGGAGGCGGCCCCGCAGUCAACCACCUGUACAUGUGUGCCAUCUGCCAGGUGGAGAUCGAAGCUCUGGCUAAACGCAGAAAAAUGGAAAUCGACACCUUCAUCAAGCUGAACAAAGAGUUCCAGGCCGAAGAGGCUCCGACAGUGAUCCUGUGUAUCAGCAUGCAGUGGUUUCGAGAGUGGGAGGGCUUUGUGAAGGGUAAAGACAAUGAGCCGCCUGGUCCCAUCGACAACAGUAAAAUCGGCGUCAUGAAGAGCGGACACAUACAACUAAAGCAAGGUGCAGACUAUGGUCAGAUCUCAGAGGGGACGUGGCAGUACCUGUUGGGUAUUUAUGGCGGCGGCCCUGAGAUCGCGGUGAGACAGACAGUGGCCCCUGCCGACCCCGAGAGCCUCCACGGCGAGAGGAAAAUCGAGGCAGAGACCAGAGCACUUUGAGAUAGAAAGAGAGGUCUUCUGAUUCCCCGUUUCACUCCUGCCCUCACAAGACGCUGAGGAAUUUGCACCCUGGUGAAGAAGCCUUGCUGUGAGCACUUUGUAAAUGUAGCAACAUAUUACGCCGAGUCUGUGUGUCGCAGGGAGGUGAUAAAGGCACUUAACUAUCACAUAGUUUAUUUAUUGGACAACUCCGAUCCUCGAUGUUAAAAAGGUGUAGUAAUAAUCGUAUCAGCAUCCCUGGCUGUGUGUGGUAGCUAUGGUGUUUCAGUGGCUGCUGUAUAGCGACUAUAGGCGUCAUGUACUGCUCAGCUGGCGGUGGUGGGCCGACAGCCGCCGGCGUCGUGAGCCACAACGACGAGGAGGACAGAGCUGCAGCGGGAUGUUUGGUUUUUCAUGACUCCUCCUCUAGUCGUCGGAAGCAGCAACAACCAGUAGACGUUAACAAGCUUUGUGUUGUUUGCCUGUUUACUAGUUGCAUAGGAACGUGAGAGAUAUUGCAUAAAUCAUACUCUUGCACCUCCAACCUUAAGUAGACAAACACUGAGCCCUCAGGAAUGAAAGACUUCUGUUUGUUUCAGCCAGUGAAAUGAGCAGGUUAAUGGAGUCUUAAAGGUAAAAUACCACAGUGGGUUUGUUUGCAUGAAUGGAGUCUAAAAACACAUAUUUAGUGUAAUUUAUAUUUGAACAGCUUCCAAAUACAUGCAACUGCAAACUCCACCUUUUGGACCAGUAAGGAUAUUUCACUGACACCAGUGGUUUGGAGGGACAUUAACAAAUGUAAUUGUUCAAAAGUAUGGAAAUAUUGACUAUUUCUAUUCAGUUUAUAUCAGUACUAUCCAGAAAUCAAACUUAGCAACAUGUAGAUAUCGUUUAAAACACUACAGUGGAGAAAUACCAAAUUAAUUGAAAGACUGAUUUAAGAAAAAGAGAUUGCAGAAAGAAAAUGAUGUAUCUGGUGCAAUAAAGAAGGAAUGUUAAGAGAGUGUCUAUAACAGGCUUCUCUGAUAGUGAGUUAACACAAUGAGGUUGUAGGAUUUAUUGCGGCGUGAUUAACAUUAUUAGAGGAUAUAAAUCCAAAUUGACCAGGAAUGCAGCGUCCAUUUAAACCAAGAGGGGGCAGUAUUAAAUGAGAUGAGAGAAAUAAUCUCACAAAAUAAUUAGCACAACAUGCACAAACUCAUACCUGUAAAAGCGGAGAGGUCAUUUAUGGUACUAUUUUUUUUUUUGUCAAAUAUAUUUAUUUAUUGUUGAACAUAUAUUGUUUCCACUUCAUCAGACGAAUGAAGCUGUUUCCUGUGGAAGGGGGUUGUUUACUAGAAGGUUUUUCCUCUGUCAAAUAUUUAUGCGUCUCCAAUUUAUCACUGCUGAUUCUGCAUUUGACUAUUCCAUGUAAAAAUACACCUGUUUUCACUGUGUAACACACCUUGGGAUCUUUAUUCAAGACUCUGUUGUAAAGUCACGUCCAGCCAAAGAGCAAGUGAAGAAACACGAGGAUCCCCGAAUCACAGAGCUUAGUUUCGAGGAAAUCUUACACCUUUAAUGUUUCUUAUGUUAUGUAUUUUUACAUGAUUUGCGACAGUUCUAGCCUCUCCCAACAGUUACUGGCAGCAACCAUGUUCUAAUCUGACAUCUUCAUUCACUUCACAUUGUGUAGAUUGUCUAAUCAGCGCGAGAUUACAUUCAAACUAAAGUGAAAUCUGGGAGAAAUGUUGAGUCAGUCCAAGUCAAGUUAAAUUAACCUGGUCCUCCACUGCAUCACUGUAGAUAAAUUACAUGCUUGCCUUGUGACCCAUGGAAAAUUAAAUCCAUCAAUCAUGUAGUCAGAUAAAACUUUGCCUUUCCAUGUUCCAUAUGUACUAAUGAAUAAGUACCAAUUUUGAAAUCUUAAACUAAAACAAAAACCUCUAGAAGUCAGAGAUCCACUUGGACAAAUGCCGCUAUUCAGAAAUUACCAGUCAAAAUUCACACAAGACUAUUUGAUAUACUAAAGUGAAAUAUGGGUAAAAAUCUGCAGUUUUCAAUACAAUAUAAUUAAAUAUGGGAAUUCACAUUGUACAUAAUAGUACUUUAGCUGCCAGGCAGUAUUCACGUGAUACAGUGGUCAAAUGAUUUCACUUUUUAUCCACUGAUUAUGUUGCAGAAUAAGAAGAAUUAAAUCUGAACUAUAACCUGAAAGAUAAAGAAUACAAUGAAGUUAAAGCUGAUGAUCUGCAGUACAGUCACUCUACCUUGGAACACAGUGCCUUCAAGCCCUUCCACACCCACAAUGCACUUGCACAGGUCUUGGUGACUUCAUAUGAAUUCCCCGCAUAGCUCUGCUCGGCUUCAGCCUGAGCGGGUCUCAGCCACAUAAAGUGAAAACAUCUGUUUGCGUUCGGAGGCCUCAGUAAAUCUUCAUCCACCUUCACACAAGAAAGUACAGAAGAGCACUGCAUUCAUAAAAUAAAAGGCUUCUCAUAAUUGUGGGUUAGUAAGUGAAGUUAUGACUAAACUAUCUCGUAAUUAUUAGGAAAGAUGUCAUACAUUUCCAAACACGUAAUUUCUGUUCAUCAGUGUGCAGGAGUUGGCCCAAGACUUGUAAAUUGUGUUAGACAAGGAAGCGAAUUUCUAUUUAAUCUGGUUUUCAUCAAAAAACACAAUUAUUAUUUAAAUUUGGACCCAUUUGUCUUAAUUACGAGACCAGUUUCUUGUAAUUUUGGAAUCUUUUCUUGUAAUUUUACGGGGGGUUUACAGCAUUUAUGCUAAGCUAACCAACUUUAGCUCCACAUUUACUACUACAUGUGAAAGAAGUACUGUUCCCCUUAUCUAACCCUGCAGGAAACUAUAGAAAAGACUACUAAUCUUAAAAUAUUGGGUAUAUAUCUACCAUUGCCAAUCAAGCUCUCCUUGGAGCCCCACCUAUGCUAGGGACCAAAACUUUGUCACAAACUGGACAAAAAAUACCUUAUUCACAUGGGCCUUAAAAGCCCAAAGAAUCAAUGUUGUUUAAAUGUAAUUUAUCAUCUGUAGUAUUUGAUUUUCUGCAAUUUUGUUUGGGAAUAUUCACCAAUAAAGCACAAUAUUUUUUGACAUGUAAGAUCCAUUUGUUGCUCAGUGGCUUAGAUUUGACCCCUGGCCCUAAGAGGGUAAAUCCAUCUAUACCAGGGCGGAAAAUCUAAAUAUUCUGCCCUGAAUACAUUUUUGUCUCUUAAUUUAAAACCUUAAAUUUGUGUUUAUGGCCUCAGUAAAUCUUCAUUCACCUUAACUCUAGAAAGUACAGAAGUGCAUUGCAUUCGCAAAAGAAAUUUAAAAAUGUCUCAAUGUGGGUUAGUGAGUGAAGCUAUGACUAAACUGUCUCGUAUUAUUAGGAAAGAUGUCAUACAUCUCCAAACUUGUAAUUUUAAGAAAUCAGUUGGCACUAGUUGGCCUCAGAACUUUUGAGUCAUCUGGUUUUACGAUAUCUUCAGUAUCAGAUAAAUUCACAGGAAGCUGUCAGUACAUCCAGUGUUACAUAAGGAAGUGAAUUGCUAUUCAAUAUUGUUUUCAUCAAAAAGCGUAUGAUUAAUUACCUUUGGGUCAUUUCCCUAAUUACGAGACCAGCUUCUCGUAAUCAUGGAAUCUUUUCAUGUAAUUAUCAGAUUGUAAAUCGUAUUUACGAUAAACAGUAGCCAUAGUUACAAGAAAAUGCCACCAACAUGUUUUUCUUACGUGAAUGCAAUUCACUUCUGUAAGAAAGAAAGCUAUUUCACCCUGUGCCAUUAAUCUCAUAUUCAAAAGAGGGGACAUUGAGCACGAACAUUCAAUUUGAACAAUGUAGAUAUGAACUCAGAGGUGUAAAAAGAUGUGGAAGUUGUCAGGAAAUAGCUUGAUAUUGUGGGAAUGAUAGGCUUAUUCACUUUUUUUGGUUUGAUGAUCCUCAGGUCUAUAAUCAUAAAACCAUAAAACCAUAAAAUGUAUUAUUGCAUAAAACUACUUAAUUCAGGGGACAGAACAGACCUGUGUAACAUAUUGAAUCUGAUAAAAUCUCCACAAGCUCAGCAGAUAAGGAUCAUUAUCAGAAGCUAAUUAAAAAGAACAUCCCUGUGGCAGUAUAUCCAAACAGGUGUGAACCAAAAUAUUUGAGGUCUUUUAAUAGACUUUCCACCGCAGAUAUUUUGACUUGUCAUAGCAACAAAAGUACGGGUGUGGCGAACACUGGUAACAAUCCAAAUACUAAAUUUGACUGUCAGCUGAAUUAAAAUGGAUCAGCUGGGCUCUCGAACCAGACACACAUCACCAUUCAAGUUAUACAUCCAGCUUUUACAGAGCAACAUUACCAUUUGGAGUCGUGGCCAAAUGGCAAAUGCUGGUCCAACAUUACCGCCAUGUCAAAUAGAUGUUUGACAUGUCAAACAUCUGUCCAUGUUCUGUCAAUCAAUCUUAAUAACAGAAAAUAUUUAUUUGUCUUAAGUUUGAUCUUUUUUCUCUCCCCACAUGUCCAAACUAUAUCUACAAUGAUCAUAUGAAUACUGUGGGUAUAUGUGUGUGACGGGUGGAUACCUUCUGUGAGAAUAUGUGCAAUGAAAAAGAAAAUUCAAAUCUUUGUGCAAUCUUCGCCUUCGCGCUCAUCAGAGAAACUGGACAGCUGUCAAAAGAGCUGGCAGUAAAACCUGGGGCGACGCAGCUUAUUAUGUUGCAGUGUUACGAAGUGUCGAGUGGUAAUUACUUUUCCCACCUGUGAGUGUGUUUACCUGUGUUACUGCACGUAGCUAUGCGUGUGGGAUUUCCAAUGCGCUGGAAGGUUCAGACAUUUCUGUGGUUGGACAGAGUAGAACCAGGCGUGCACACAGCACAACAGGGUUUCACUGGCUCGUGUUCUCAUCCUCACAGAGUGUGUGGUAGUUGUGGUCAUGAUAUCGGUGAUGAUUUGAAACAACAUGGGAUUUAAGUGGUUGACCUCAAUUCAAUGGGAUGUCUUGAUGUCUGUGUAACCGAUGUAAUUAAUCAUGACUGGUUCAAUUAUUAAAAUUCCUCGAUCUUUGA